AUGAAGGAAGAAUACGGACUGGAUACCACCGCCGGACAGAAAGUAGAGGGCGUCGAUGACGUCUCUCCCACCAUCGAACAUUCGGAGGAGCCGCGACGCUCGAGUAUCUAUGACAUCGAGGGUCGUCCCGCCAACAAGCUCAGCACCGUUUUUAAGAACCCCCUGGAAGGAAUUCCCCGCCAACAGCUCCUAGAGGAUGUCGACAAAUUCUGUGUCCAGUAUGGCCUGGAGGAGCAUAAGGAGCUCUUCCGUAAAGGAGCUCUGAUCUCGCAGAAUCCCCAAGAUGUCCACAAUAUGCCGGAGUUGACCGAGGCUGAGAGAGAGGCGAUCCAGCGUGAAAAAACCCAUAAAUGGUCGCAGCCUUGGCAGCUCUACUUCAUGGCAUCUAUGUGUUCGUUGGCCGCGGCGGUUCAGGGUAUGGACGAAACAGUUAACAAUGGCGCCCAGGCCAUUUAUCUUAAGGAACUCAAUAUUACGAGCGAGUAUAUCACUGGUCUUGUUGUUGGCGCGCCUUACCUGGCUUGUGCGGUUAUCGGCUGCUGGCUCACGGAGCCCAUGAACAGGUACUUGGCCCGGCGCGGUACCAUUUUUGUGAGUUGCUUCAUUGCUGCCGUUGCCUCAGUCUGGGAAGGAGUAUGCAACUCCUGGGUCAAUCUGUUUAUCGCCCGUUUCGUCCUUGGCCUGGGCAUCGGCUCCAAAUCGUCCACGGUCCCCGUGUAUGCCGCAGAGUGUUCGCCCGCUCCGAUCCGAGGAGCCCUGGUUAUGAUGUGGCAGAUGUGGACUGCCUUCGGCAUCAUGCUGGGAAAUAUCAUGGGGGUUGCGUUCAUGGGUUUAUCGGAUGACCUCUCCUGGCGCCUGAUGUUGGGCUCAACGGUAGUCUUGCCUUUGGUUGUCUGUGCGCAAGUCUAUAUCUGCCCGGAAUCCCCUCGUUGGUUAAUUGAGCACAACAAGAUUGAGAAGGCCUUCCGAGCGUUUCGUAUCCUUCGCCCUACAGAUAUCCAGGCGUCACGUGACUUAUACUAUGCAUACGUCGGGGUUGAGCUAGAGAGAAAAGUGAACAAGGGGAAGAACUUCUUCACUAUGUUCUUGGAGCUUUUCACAGUCCCCCGUAAUGCUCGUGCAACGCUUGCUAGUUGGAUUGUCAUGUUUUUGCAACAGUUCUGUGGAGUGAAUGUAAUCGCUUAUUAUUCGACGACAAUAUUUACGCAAUCAGGAUACUCGAUUCAGGAGGCGCUCUUGGCAUCAAUGGGUACAGGUAUCCUGAACUGGGUCUUCGCGCUGCCAGCAUUCUUCACAAUUGAUACAUGGGGCCGGCGUAACCUCUUGCUCUUUACCUUCCCUUUCCUCGCCAUUUGUCUAUUUUGGUCCGGGUUCUCUUUCUGGAUCGAGGAAGGCAUCGAGCACAGCAAGAAACGGGUGGCCAUGGUGACAACGGGGAUGUACCUGUUCGAAGUGUUCUAUUCCCCGGGCGAAGGCCCCGUGCCCUUCACAUACUCUGCGGAAGCCUUCCCACUGCACGUGCGUGAAGUCGGUAUGUCCUGGGCUACUGCUACCACAUGGUGCUUCAACUUCAUUUUGUCAUUUACUUGGCCCUCUCUGCUGCGCGCCUUCAAGCCGCAAGGAGCGUUUGCCUGGUACGCUGCGUGGUGUCUGAUCGGGUGGGUCCUGGUCUUGCUGUUCGUGCCGGAGACGAAAUCUUUGACCCUGGAGGAAUUGGAUCAGGUAUUCUCAGUCUCGACCCGGAAACAUGCAAAGUACCAAAUCAAGAAUGCGGUCUGGCAUUUCCGUGUCUGGGUUUUGAGGCAAAAGCUCGAGCCUUUGCCCAAGUUUUAUGAGGGAGCGGAGCACCUUGCGGAAGUGGGAGAGAAGUAGAACUCCAAUCCGUAAAUAUACUCUAGGCCUGCGCGCAGAUAUUAGUAUCUACUUGUAGAG